UUUAGUUCUAAUUUCAAUGAUCAACAUAUAUACUCUUGCCGCAUCUACUCCUCAAUACUGGAUUGAUUAUGACAAACGUCAAUAUAGUCUUGUGGAGAAACGUCAGUGGUAUUUUGACAAACAUCAAUAUGGUUUUGUGGAGAAACGUCAAUGGGAUAUUUAUAGAUAA